CCCCAGUGCGUAGUUCACAGUCGGUCGCAGCGCGCAUCGGCGCACGGUACUGGACUGUUCGAAAUUCAAAUUUUCAAAGUGGCCAGUGACAGUGACUGUGCGGUAUUUUUUAACGGUUGGUGAUAAAAUGGCGGCACGCCAAGCGUGAUAAAUGGCUUUUAUGAGUGGGCUGUGGAAUUCCAUCGUCGGAGGGAACGAUAAAGAGGUGACUUGGGAGGAGAUCUCGCAGUUCUACUUCGAUAAGGGGAAGAAGUAUUUCUCGGUGUCGGAGUGGGAUAGGCAGGAGACGCCGGUGGUGUACGGGGAGGCGCAUAAGAUCUCCUUCAAUAAGGAGAGGCUGGGGUUCACGCCUAUGAACUUUGCGUCUAUCUACAAUAUUGAUACUAGGAAAGCGGAAGUAAAGAUGCCGAGCGGCCACGUGGACAAGCCAGCGAUAGAAGACAACCGUGAUGGCACCGUCAGCAUCAAGUAUGAGCCGCGAGAGGAGGGCGUGCACGAGCUGUACGUAAAAUACAACGGGGAACACGUGCAGGGAUCCCCCUACAAGUUCCACGUGGACUCCAUCCCCUCGGGCUACGUGACAGCCUACGGCCCGGGUCUGGUGAGCGGCGUCAGCGGAGAACCCAGCCAGUUCACCAUCAGCACCAAGGGUGCUGGCGCAGGAGGCCUGUCCAUGGCUGUGGAGGGACCUAGCAAGGCUGAGAUCACAUGCCACGACAACAAAGACGGCACAGUAUCCGUCUCCUUCCUGCCCACCGCUCCCGGCGAAUACAAGGUCUCCGUCAGGUUCGGAGACAAGCAUAUCAAGGGAUCCCCCUUCACCGCCAAGGUGACAGGCGAGGGUCGCAAGAGGAACCAGAUCUCCGUGGGCAGCUGCAGCGAGGUCACUCUGCCAGGGAAGAUCACUGACAACGACAUCCGCAGUCUAAACGCUUCUAUCCAGGCCCCAUCAGGCUUGGAAGAGCCCUGCUUCCUGAAACGCCUGCCGUCCGGGAACAUCGGCAUCAGCUUCACGCCGCGCGAGUCCGGCCAGCACAUCGUCUCCGUCAAGAAGAUGGGCGUCCACAUCCAGAACUCGCCCUUUAACAUCACCGUGCAGGACCAGGAGGUUGGAGACGCUAAGAAAGUUAAGGUUUCUGGCUCCGCUCUGAAAGAAGGCAAGACCCACGCUGAGAAUACCUUCUCGGUGGACACCAAGAAUGCUGGAUAUGGUGGUCUUUCACUGUCCAUUGAGGGCCCCAGCAAGGCCGAGAUCCAGUGCGCGGACAGCAAAGAUGGCGUCCUCAACAUCAGCUACAAGCCCACCGAGCCCGGCUACUACAUCGUGAACCUCAAGUUCGCCGACCACCACGUGGAAGGCUCACCGUUCACUGUUAAGGUUACUGGUGAGGGCAGCAACAGACAGCGAGAGAAAAUUCAGAGGCAGCGCGACCAGGCGCCGCUCACCGAAGUCGGUACCAACUGCAAGCUGACCUUCAAGAUGCCAGGCAUCACUUCCUUUGACCUGGCCGCCACCGUCACCAGCCCCGGCGGCGUCUCCGAAGACGCCGAGAUCCAGGAAGUAGAAGACGGCCUGUAUUCCGUGCUCUUCGUGCCUAAGGAGCUGGGCGUGCACACCGUGUCCGUCAAGUACAGGGAGAUCCAUAUUCCUGGAUCCCCCUUCCAAUUCACCGUCGGCCCCCUCCGCGACUCCGGCGCCCACUUAGUCAAGGCCGGCGGCACGGGCCUCGAGCGUGGCGAGGCCGGCCGCUUCAACGAGUUCAACGUGUGGACCCGCGAGGCGGGCGCCGGCCAGCUGGCCAUCUCGCUCGAGGGGCCGAGCAAGGCCGAAAUCGACUUUAAGGACAGGAAGGAUGGAUCGUGCGAUGUGUCUUACAAGGUUGAUGAGCCUGGCGAAUACCGCAUCGGCCUCAAGUUCAACGAGCAACACAUCCCGGACUCCCCCUUCAAAGUGUACAUCUCCCCCGCCAUCGGCGACGCCCAUCUGCUAGAAGUAGCCCAGUUCCCCGACGCAGCUCAAGUGGACAAGCCAGCGCAGUUCUACAUCAGGCUCAAUGGGGCUAAAGGAGAUCUGGACGCUAGGGUGAUGGCCCCCUCAGGCAAAACCGACGACUGCUUCAUCCAGAACAUCGACGGGGACCAGUACAGCAUCAGAUUCAUGCCGCGCGAGAACGGCGUGCACAACAUCAACGUCAAGUUCAACGGGGUUCACAUCCCCGCGUCUCCGCUGAGGAUCAAAGUGGGGAAGGAUGAUGCUGAUCCCGCGGCGGUGCAUGCCCAUGGACCUGGGCUGGGGCAGGUCAAAACUGGCGUGAAGACCGACCUCAUCAUCGACACCUGCAACGCCGGCGCGGGCAACCUCGCCGUCAACAUGGACGGGCCUUCCCGGGUCGCCAUGGACUGCACGGAGGUGGAGGAGGGAUACAAGGUACGCUACACUCCUCUGGCUCCUGGUUUCUACUACAUGAGCAUCAAGUAUAACGGCCACCACAUCGUUGGCUCUCCCUUCAAGAUUGAAGCUAAAGGUGGAAACUUGGCUGAGGUCGGUGCUCAAGAAACCUCCUCCGUCUCAGUGGAAACUGUCCAGAAGGUGGCCAAGGCUGGCCAGAAGCAGGGUCCCGUGCUGCCACACUUCAAGUCCGACGCCUCCAAGGUCACCAGCAAGGGCAUGGGGCUGAAGAAGGCGUAUAUGAACAAGCAUAACCAGUUCACUGUCACGUGUACCGAUGCUGGCAACAACAUCCUCUACGUGGGCAUCUACGGCCCCAAGGGUCCGUGCGACGAGGUCCAGCUGAAGCACAAGGGCCGCCACAACUACGAGUGCUCGUACGUGGUCCGCGACCGCGGGGAGUACAUCGUUAUUGUCAAGUGGGGGGAUGAUCACAUCCCUGGCUCUCCGUACAAGGUUGAUGUUUAGGUUGUGAAGCAGUUGUGAAGUUGUGGGGAAUUUAUAGAUGUCAAAAGGUAAAAUUGUUUU